AUGAUCAUCUUUUAUAGCAGUAACAAAGAGGAAAAGAUGUUGAGACCAAGAGCCGCCUUCAUCUCACCAUCUCACUCUCACUCUCAAUCUCACUCGAUUCCUCAGCCUUCUCCGACGGUAAGGCUCAAAUCAAAGUCGCUAUUGGUCCGGUGGUUUACUCUCUCUACGCGCAGAAGCUUGAGUCUGCCUUCAAAACUAGGUCAAGCUCGGGAAUUGAUUCAUCUACAGGUACGACUCCGCCUCUCUGGCUCCCUCCCUCUGUUCUCGCGGCUCUCUGCAAGACUGCAACUCCGCCUCUCUGGCUCUCUCCCUCACAAUCGGUCUUCCUCACCUCUGCGGCUCUUCCUCUCAGCUUUCACUCUUGACCCUCGGCGUCAGCAAAUCCAAUCUCCUCUCCAGAACCCUCAACGUCGACGUAGCUGGCCAAUCGGUCAUCAAGGCCCAGAUUUAGGACACUUUUGGCCAAGAAAGGUCAGCUUUCUGAAUAUUAAUGGUUUCGGUUUGAAGAGCAGUAAGAAACCCAAAUCAAAGACUCCGGCAAAGAAGCCUAAAGACAGUGUUCUUGAGCAGAAAUCUCCAGCUGAGUUCUUCGCUGAGAACAAGAACAUUGCUGGAUUUGGGAAAUGUCUUUAUACUACUGUGAGGGAACUUGUGGAGAACUCAUUUGAUUCGACGGAGUCCAUAUCGGAGCUUCCUCUGAUAGAAAUCACAAUGGUUUGAUGUCAUCUUCAGAAUCUAGUGAAGAUGGAGGAAAUGAAGUGUUCUGAUUACCAGUUUUCCAGUACAUUAACUAUAUGUAAUUUAAUUUUGUAAAUUUAUGUAUUUGAACAUUGGUGAAGAUAUAUAAAAUUGAUGUUAAAAAGUAA